ACUGAGGGGGGAGGGGCUCCCAGUGAGGCCCCUCGCGGUGCAUUGUGGGUACCGAGGCGGAAGUAGCAGCCAUUCCCCCGGUGCAUUGUGGGUACCGAGGCACUUCCGCCUCAUUCCAGGAAGUGUUUCCCCUUCCCCCGGUGCAUUGUGGGUACCGAGGCGGAAGUAACCCCCGUUCCCGCGGUGCAUUGUGGGUACCGAGGCACUUCCGCCUCAUUCCAGGAAGUGUUUCCCCUUCCCCCGGUGCAUUGUGGGUACCGAGGCGGAAGUAACCCCCGUUCCCGCGGUGCAUUGUGGGUACCGAGGCACCUCCGCUUCCACCCCACCCCCCUCCCCACCCCACACCUGGGCCAGGUGCGCGGCCACGCCCAGGCCGGUUUGAGCCGGUUCGAGCCGGUUUGAGCCGGGCAGAGCAAUGGCGGCGGCGCUGGCGCUGGCCCUGGGGGCGCUCCUGGUGGCCCUCGGGGGGUUUUUGGUGGCCGCGCUGGCCCACAGGGGCCCGGAGGGGCCGAGGCUGGCGGUGACCGGAAGGGCGGUGGCGCACCGGGGAGGCGCGGGCGAGCGCAUCGAGAACACCAUGGAGGCCUUUGAGAACGCGGUGCGGCAGGGCUGUGAUUGGCUGGAGCUGGACGUGCGCCGCACGCGCGACGGCGUCGUCGUCGUCUGCCACGACCGGGAGCUGUGGCGACAGAGCGGCCGCCAUCUUGACGUCACCCGGACCGACUUCCGGGACCUGCCCCCGUACCGGAGCCCCCUGGAGGUGACCUUUGCCCCCGGCUCUUUCUCCUCCGGUCGCGAUCGCCGAAUCCCCCGAUUGGUCGAGGUCUUCCAGCGCUUCCCGCGGCAGCCAAUCAGCAUCGAGGUCAAGGACGACGACGAUGACCUCAUCAAUGAGGUGGCCGCCCUGGUCCGGAGCUUCGACCGCGCCCCCAUCACCCUCUGGGCCUCCUUCCGCCAGCGCAUCCUCCGCAAGUGCCGGCGAGCCCACCCGGCCAUGCCGUUCUGCCUCUCCCUGGAGCGGGGGCUGCUGGCGCUGCUGCUCUGGUACCUGGGGCUGCUCCCGCGGCUGCCGCUGCCCGAGGCCGCGCUGCUCUUCCCGCUGCCCUCCACCAUCAACCGGACGUAUUUUCCCCUCCCCCGCGGCCCGGCCGGACACGCCCUGAGCAGAGCGGCAGCGGCGCUCGUGCUCCGCCCCGCCCUCCUGCAGCACCUGAAGAGCCGCGGGCUGCAGGUGUGGCUGUGGGUGGUGAACGAGGAGCGCGACUUCGCCGAAGCCUUCGGCCUCGGCGCCACCGGAGUCAUCACCGACUACCCCGGGCGGCUCCGGAGGUUCCUGGACGGCCCCUCCCCCACCCCCGGGGGCCCCUCCCCCACCCCGAGGUGCCCCUCCCCCAGCUGGGGCGGAGAGCCCCUCCCCCCGCCGGAAAAAGGGGGAGAAACGGGGGGAAAAGGGAGAAAAGUGGAAUAAAAACGGUCCCGAAACGGCCUCGAAAC